AUGCGGUACUUUCGUGCUAAAAUCUUGUUUUCGAUAUCCCUGACCACCCAACUUGCCCUUCUUCGAUACCUGCGUUUGGUAGCCUCAUCAGAGAUGGUUGUACAUGUGUACGAAUUAUUGGAUAUUUUGAAAGGCACUGUCACCAAAUUUGGUCUAGAGUCAAAGGUGAUUGAUUCCGUACGUACGACGGCCAGCGUCUUACAAGGUCAAAGCUUUGAUGUUAUGAUGUCCUGCCAUAUUUGGAA